GCGGUGCGGCGGCAUGGAGGGCUCUGUAUCUAACGUGGAGCUGUGCAACCUGGCCUACGCGGGGCAGCUGGACGAGCUGCGCGCCCGCCUGCUGCAGGAUCGCGGCCUGGCGGCGCGCACCGACCAGGACCGCCGCACCGCGCUGCACUGGGCCUGCUCGGCCGGACACGCCGACAUCGCCAACUUCCUGCUGAACCUGGGCGCGCCUGUCGGCCCCCCCGACGACGCUGGCUGGACCCCUCUACACAUUGCUGCUUCAGCUGGUCGUGAUGAAAUUGUGAAAGUUCUGAUUGGAAGAGGUGCUCAGGUGAACGUGGCCAAUCAGAAUGGCUGCACCCCUCUGCAUUAUGCAGCUUCCAAAAAUAGGGAAGAGAUUGCAGUCAUGCUGUUAGAGAAUGGCGCUGAUCCAGAUGCAACAGAUCACUUUGAGUCCACUCCGUUACAUAGAGCAGCAGCCAAAGGAAACCUAAAAAUGAUACAGAUCCUCUUGCGGUACAAUGCAUCUGUGAACAUGCAGGACUCGGAGGGGAACACACCUCUCCAUUUAGCCUGUGAUGAAGAGAGAGCAGAUGAAGCAAAGCUGUUGGUGUCCCGUGGUUCAAGUAUUUACAUUGAGAAUAAAGAAGAAAUGACCCCACUGAAAGUGGCAAAAGGUGGCCUGGGAGCCAUACUUAAGAAAAUGGUGGAAGGCUAACAGUGUCAUCUGAGCUUUUAUAUUAUUCUAAUUCCAUUCCUGAUGCACUCAUAUUUAAGAUUGUAACUUUAAUAUUUUUACAUCUUAUUUGGCCUAGAUUAUAAUGCAGAUAAUUGUAUAAACCUUCACUUUUUCCAUUUGUACUGCCAACCUAUUUCCCUCGCUAGUAAUUAAAUCAGUCAGCAGUUUUUAAAGUA